GGGGCCGCCCCGAUGGGACGCCGCGCCUCGGUCCCUGCGCGCAGCUGAACCGAGCGCCGCACCGCCGAGCCCCGCCACAGCAGCCAGUCGCUGUCCCCUCGCCCCCCGCGCCGGGAGCCUCGUCUCUGUCCCCCGGAAAACUGGAUUUCCGAGGCUGGAGGCGCCUGGCUGGCUGGGUGGGGACCACCAUGGGCAACGCGGCCGGCAGCGCCGAGCAACCUGCGGGCCCCGCCACGCCGCCCCCGAAACAGCCCGUCGCCCCCAAGCAGCCGAUGCCUGCGGCCGGGGAGUUGGAGGAGAGGUUCACCCGGGUCCUGAACUGCAUGAACUUGCCCCCAGACAAGGUCCAGCUGCUGAGCCAGUAUGACAAUGAGAAGAAGUGGGAGCUCAUCUGUGACCAGGAGCGGUUUCAAGUCAAGAAUCCCCCAGCAGCCUACAUCCAGAAGCUGAAGAGCUACCUGGAUACUGGUGGGGUCAGCAGAAAGGUAGCAGCUGAUUGGAUGUCCAACCUGGGGUUUAAGAGGCGAGUCCAGGAGUCCACACAGGUGCUGCGGGAGCUGGAGACUUCUCUGAGGACAAACCAUAUUGGGUGGGUGCAGGAGUUCCUCAACGAGGAGAACUGUGGCCUGGAUGUGCUCCUUGAGUACCUGGCUUUUGCCCAGUGCUCUGUCACGUACAACAUGGAGAGCACAGACAAUGGCGCCUCCAGUGCAGAGAAGAGCAAGCCCUUGGAGCAGUCGGUGGAAGAUCUCAGCAAGGGGCCGGCCUCAUCUGUACCCAAAAAUCGCCACCUGACCAUCAAGUGCCCCCCUUCUCCCCGGCUGACCCCCGCCCACAGCAGGAAGACCCUGCGGAAUUCCCGAAUCGUCAGCCAGAAGGACGACGUCCACGUCUGUAUCAUGUGUCUACGUGCCAUCAUGAACUACCAGUCUGGCUUCAGCCUCGUUAUGAACCACCCAGCCUGUGUCAAUGAGAUUGCUCUGAGCCUCAACAACAAGAACCCCAGAACCAAAGCCCUGGUGCUAGAGCUGCUGGCAGCCGUGUGCCUGGUACGAGGAGGACACGAUAUCAUCCUUGCGGCCUUUGACAACUUCAAGGAGGUUUGUGGGGAGCAGCACCGCUUUGAAAAGCUGAUGGAAUAUUUCCGGAAUGAGGACAGUAACAUUGACUUCAUGGUGGCCUGCAUGCAAUUCAUCAACAUUGUGGUACACUCAGUGGAGAACAUGAACUUCCGUGUCUUUUUGCAAUAUGAGUUCACUCACCUGGGUCUGGACCUGUACUUGGAGAGGCUUCGGCUCACAGAGAGUGACAAGCUACAGGUGCAGAUCCAGGCGUAUCUGGACAACGUGUUUGAUGUUGGAGCGCUGUUGGAAGACACAGAGACCAAAAAUGCCUUGCUGGAGCACAUGGAGGAGCUGCAGGAGCAGGUGGCGCUGCUGACAGAUCGACUUCGGGACGCGGAGAACGAAUCCAUGGCCAAGAUCGCUGAACUGGAAAAGCAGCUAAGUCUGGCCCGAAAGGAAUUGGAGACCCUGCGGGAGCGCUUCAGUGAUUCGACUCCCAUGGGCGCCUCCAGACGUCCCUCCGAGCCUGAGAAAGUGCCUGCGGCCGCCCCAGCGCGGCCCUCGGCCCUAGAGCUGAAGGUGGAGGAGCUGGAGGAGAAGGGGUUAAUCCGUGUCCUGAGGGGGCCCGGGGAUACCGUCUCCAUCGAGAUCGUCCCAGGCGCUGUGGCAACCCCGAGCGGUGGGGAUGUUCCAACUCCAAAGGCAUCCAUGGACUCCUUCAGCCCAGAUCUCCCACUUGAAGUAGAGUCGGUUCCGGGAGCAGCCCCGCCCCCGCCACCCCCGUUGCCUGGCCUCCAGUCCCAGCAAGAAGCUCCGCCCUCGGCGCCCCCUCUGGCACCACCUCUCCCGGGCUGCCCCGAGCCUCCGUCUGCGCCGCCGUUGCCUGGAGACCUGCCGCCCCCUCCGCCGCCGCCGCCGCCUCCUCCGCUUGGCAGUGAUGGGCCUGUGCCGCCGCCGCCCCUACCGCCUCCGGGAGGUCCCCCUGAUGCCCUUGAAGGACCUAGCCUAGAGAUGGGCCCAGGAGUGAAGGCCAAGAAACCCAUCCAGACUAAGUUCCGGAUGCCACUCUUGAACUGGGUGGCCCUGAAACCCAAUCAGAUUACAGGCACCGUCUUCACAGAGCUCAACGAUGAGAAGGUUCUGCAGGAGCUGGACAUGAGUGACUUUGAGGAGCAGUUCAAGACCAAAUCUCAAGGCCCCAGCUUGGACCUCAGUGCUCUCAAGGGCAAGGCAGCCCAGAAGGCCCCUAGCAAGGCCACACUCAUAGAGGCCAACCGGGCCAAGAACCUGGCCAUCACGCUGCGCAAGGGCAACCUGGGGGCUGACCGGAUCUGCCAGGCCAUCGAGAUGUAUGACUUGCAGACUCUAGGUCUGGACUUCCUGGAACUGUUGACCCGCUUCCUGCCCACGGAGUAUGAGCGCAGCCUCAUUGCCCGCUUUGAGCGGGAGGAGCGGCCGAUGGAGGAGCUGUCGGAGGAGGACCGCUUCAUGCUGCGCUUCAGCCGCAUCCCUCGCCUGCCGGAGCGGAUGACCACGCUCACCUUCCUGGGCAACUUCCCAGACACGACCCAGCUGCUCAUGCCGCAACUGAAUGCCAUCAUUGCAGCGUCAAUGUCUAUCAAGUCCUCUGACAAACUCCGUCAGAUCCUGGAGAUUGUCCUGGCUUUUGGCAACUACAUGAACAGCAGCAAGCGUGGGGCAGCCUAUGGUUUCCGGCUCCAGAGUCUGGAUGCGCUGUUGGAGAUGAAGUCUACUGACCGCAAGCAGACGCUGCUGCACUACUUGGUGAAGGUCAUUGCUGAGAAGUACCCGCAGCUCACAGGAUUUCACACUGAUCUGCACUUCCUGGACAAGGCAGGCUCAGUGUCCCUCGACAGUGUCCUGGGGGACGUGCGUUCCCUGCAACGGGGCCUGGAGUUGACACAGCGGGAGUUUGUGCGUCAGGAUGACUGCAUGGUGCUCAAGGAGUUCCUGAGGACCAACUCGCCCAUCAUGGACAAGCUGCUUGCAGACAGCAAGACAGCUCAGGAGGCCUAUGAGUCUGUGGUGGAGUACUUUGGAGAGAACCCCAAGACUACAUCCCCCUCCAUGUUCUUUUCCCUGUUCAGUCGCUUCACCAAGGCCUACAAGAAAGCCGAGCAGGAGGUGGAACAGUGGAAGAAAGAAGCAGCUGCUCAGGAAGCAGGCGCCGACAUCCUGGGCAAGGGAGAGUCCCCAACACCCAAGUCUCCACCCAAGGCCCGGCGACAACAGAUGGACCUCAUCUCUGAGCUGAAACGGAAGCAGCAGAAGGAGCCACUCAUCUAUGAGAGCGACCGAGAUGGUGCCAUUGAAGACAUCAUCACAGAUCUCCGGAACCAGCCCUACAUCCGUGCAGACACAGGCCGUCGAAGUGCUCGCAGGCGCCCCCCAGGACCACCCCUUCAGGUCACUGCUGACCUCUCUCUGUAGCCUCUAUUUUUGGGCAGGUGGAUUCUGUAGGGGGUGGGGGACUAUGAGCAGGCUGGGGCUCAAGGAAGGUGGGCCUCAGUUCGGCUGGGCCGAGCACCCUCUCCUCCUGCUGUCCACUUCCUUGGGCUGGCCUCCCGGGCGCAUUCUCCUCCUGCCUCAAGGGCAGCAGCGCUGGCCUCAUACCCCCAAAUGCUGCUUGCAGCACCACCCCUCCACAAUAGCCAUACUUAGCCUGAGCGGAAGCCUGGCCUGUAACUUAUAAAGUGCACCAUGCCCCUCAUUCCCCCCAGGCCCUAAAACUCUCCUUGGACCUUAUUUUUAUACAAGAUUAAUAAAGAUGUUU